AUUCAAGCCGGCAGCCGCCUCAGCUCCCCACGUCCCUCCCUGCCCGCCUCUCCUCUUCCCUCUCGCUCCACUGGAACCCGGCGGGGAUGAGGAGCCUCAGCUGAGCGCAGAUUCAACCAAAGGACUCCCAGACGCCAAUGACCUGUGGGCGGAAGCUCUGCCUUACCAGAUUUCUGCACAUUUCUUCACAAACAGCACCAUGACCAGGAAGGUGUUCACCAACACGCGGGAGCGCUGGCGCCAGCACAACGUCAACACGGCCUUCGCCGAGCUCCGCAAGCUCAUCCCCACCCACCCUCCGGAGAAGAAGCUGAGCAAGAACGAGAUCCUGCGCCUGGCCAUGCGCUACAUCAACUUCCUGGUGCAGCUGCUGGAGAGCCAGAGCGGUCAGCCGGCCAGCCACUCCUCCACGGCUCUGCUCACCUUCCUGCGGGGGAACAUGGAGCGGCUGCACUCGCCUCCCCAUCCCUGGGCCGCCGCCAGCGACACCGAGGCUCCGUCGCCCGGAUCCAGCUGCGAAAGCUCCGAGGCCUGGUAGAGCCACGACCUGGGAGGAAGACAAGAACAUGCAAAGGAUUUUUACGCCUUUUUUUAUUUAUGGGGGAUGGGAACUGAUUGUGUCGUUGACCCCCCAGCAGGGCUGAGAGGGAAGGGUCCUGCACCCUGAUUAUUUAUAAGAUGUGAUUUCCAGGUGAAAGUGAGUUUGUGUUCUGCAUGGGAGUAUACCACGGUCCCUUCAUGUCUCCAUGUAAACAUUUCUUGUUGCUGGAACUGAUUUCGUUUUGCAGGAGGGAGGCCUCUUUUUUUUUUUCCUGGUGAGGAAAAUGGAGGAUUAUGGAUUUUCUUAUUCUGAUUUAGAUUAAAUAAGGAACAGAUAAUGGCUCAGCCAAUUCACCAGACUGCAAAUGUCUAAAAAUAGUCAAGAGCACUUUUCUUUUUCUUGUAUUUAACCUGCCGUUUGUUUUUUUUCCUCCUAAAAAAAACAAACAAACGGCAAACAAACUGACCUUUUUCUGAAUUAUCAAGAUUGCGUGACUUCAGAGGAACCAAUUUUCCUGUUUUCCAUCUUCUUCUUCAACAUUCGGAAGCCGAUUUCUAAUGUUUCGAUGACACUGACAAUCUACUUUCAGUAGUUGAUCACAAAUAUCUUAUUUCUAAGGAAUUUGCUUUUGUUUUAUCCUAUUUUUGUUUUGUAAAAUACGCAUGUGACAUGGCCAAAGAUAAUGAACUGAUUGUCAGCAGUGAUGAGUGUGUUAAUUAUCAAUCUUAUACGUCUUUGCUAAUUUAUUUGGUUUUGCUUGUGAACACAUAGUAUUGUAUUUAUUUUAACUAUUUAUUCAAUAAAGGAAUUGUUAAAUAUGUA